UUUCUCUCGGUAUAAAUAAUUUCGUAUAAACAUUAAAAAAUCACCACUUUUCAUUACGGUAAAGUGACUUAUGUCACUUUCAAAAUAAACGGCUCAAAUAUACACAAUGUUUUCAUGGUUGCUAAAAUUCUACUCCGAACGAAAUAAUAAGACGUAUUGCGCAAACGUUCGAAUUACAGAUACGAUACGUAAGAUCGAUAGACGGAGGUAAGAUUAGGAUAAUCUUAAAAUUCAAUGGAAUUUAUCGACGAUACCUCUCCACUUGUUAAAAUUUCAUUCUUGUAUCGAGCAAACAACAUCGAAGAAUACAGUACGCCCGUCAAGUUUCAGAGUACGUGACACGAUAAAUCUCUGUAUACAAUUUGACUUUGUAGCGAACGAAGUUUUCGAUUAGACUAAAAGCAAACGUCAUCCUCGCUCUCUUAUAAUGGAAAUAUGUCGACGAAGCCACGAACAUCGAAGGAACGCCAAUUUUCGGUGGAACCCUCUAAUCGGAAGAAUCUAAUCGUUAUCGAUAUGUAGAUAUAAUAUAUCGAAGUAGUAUAUAAACCGUCGACGAUGACAGUACAGUGCAAAUAUACCAAUAUUCAUCAUGUUCUCCAGUCUCGUGCAGCUUUUUUUACUCGCGCUCAUAUCGAUCGUAACAGUCGAUGGAUUUACGUAUAAAAUAAAUAGCAUCGAUGCGAGCGAUAAGCAGUUCACUUUUAUGGCAUCCAUUAGAGUGACGGGUAAACAUUUAUGUGGCGGCGCGAUUAUUGGCAAAAGAUACAUCCUUACCGCCGGACACUGUGUGGCAGAAGCAAAACGCGUGAAUAUAAGCGAUGUGACCGUUCUGACGGGAACGAUUUUCGUCAACGAUGGAUCAUCGGGUACCACGUCCACAGUUGAUAGCAUGUAUAACGCUUAUGGAAACGGUCAAAUAUCAGACACCGAUAUCGGAUUGAUCAAGCUCACCAAAGAUCUCACCUGGAACUCCACCACAAAUGCUAUUUCGCUUUCUGAAAUAGUACCGGACGCAGGUAAAUAUGGUACCAUGGUCGGAUGGGGUAGCAGAUACAGCAACAACGUACCCAUACCUAACGAUAGGAUGCAAUAUCAGCUCGUUUACAUAGCCGACGAUUGUACUCCCUACCAAACGACGGCCACUAGAACUUGCACGACGGCCAGUAUAAUUUGCACGAACAAUGGACCAUCCACUGGUGCAUGUUACGGUGACAGUGGCAACCCAUUGAUCUACAAGGACAACGUUGUUGGUGUGGUGUCCCGUGCGGUGCUCUGCGGGACAGGGUUCUCGGACGUUUACAGCAGAGUGUCCGAAAACUUAGGCUUCAUUAAGGACAUAAUGAAGGAGUAACAUAAUUAAGACUAUUUGUUACCAAAUCAGUGUCAAAAUUAAAUCACAUAACAUUAGGCCACAGAAGGCAUACCAUAAAAUUUCCUUUACUGUCAGUUACGUGAACUCACGACUAAACAGCAAGUGUCUGUUAUUCGGACCAACUUGCUUUACAAAUAUAAAUAGUAUUUAAUAAUAUUUAUUUCAUAUUGUAAUAGAGAAUGUUCGAGUGGAAGUUAUUGGAUACUAAUAACGGCAGGACGUGCAAACAUC